GUACGAGCCUGGCACUAGGCAGUUCAAAAGGUGUUGAGACGCAGCCUCUGAACAGGCGCUUUCAGCGUUCAGCAGCAGGAAGUAUCGGAACAAAAACGGGGAUGUUGUCCAUAACCUGACCUCAGGGUGCCUAGAAAGAAGAGUGGAUUUGGGUUCUUCGCGGUUCUUCUGUGUUUAUUUUAGGUACACUUGCUGUAGUGGGAUCGCAGUCCACCUCCUUAGCAUGGAGUUAGCUGUAGCUAAAAUCCUCUGCCUGCUUGGGGUGUUUGCCCUCAUGUUGGGGGGCAUCCUUAUUCCUGUGAGGGUGAUGCAGAUGGACUAUGAUAAAAUCACGAGGUACAGAAGAGUAGUUGCUUUAAGCAACUCUUUUGGAGGAGGGGUUUUUCUGGCCACCUGCUUCAAUGCCCUUCUACCAGCAGUUAGAGAAAAGGUUGAGGACAUUUUGAAAGAGAAAGAGGUAAAGUCCACCAGUCAGUACCCGUUGGCAGAGACCAUGAUGAUUCUUGGAUUUCUCCUCACAGUAUUUGUGGAACAGACUGUGCUUACUUUCCGCAAGGAGAAGCCCUCGUUUAUCGACCUGGAGACAUUUAAUGCUGGUGGCUCGGAAGUGGGGAGCGACUCAGAGUAUGAUGCUCCAUUCAUUGCUCCCACUCGGGUUGUGGCCAGAACCCAGCAGCACCAUUCCCAUCACCAUGGACACUUCAACCCUUCUGAGCUGAAACGUGCUGGGCCGUUGAGAUUAGCUAGCCUGGUGCUAGCACUGUCCGCUCAUUCUAUCUUUGAGGGUCUUGCUUUGGGUCUUCAGGAAAAUGGGGCUAAGCUUGGAAGCCUCUUCAUUGGUGUGGCCAUCCACGAGACGCUAGCAUCUGUGGCACUGGGGGUUAGUGUAGCCAAGGCAGGAGUCCCCUUACGAGAUGCCUGUAAACUGGGCAUAACAGUAAGCCUAAUGAUUCCUCUGGGCAUCGGGAUUGGCAUGGGUAUUGAGACAGUCCAGCACUUAGCAGAAAGUAUUAUAUCUGUAGUGCUCCAGGGCCUGGCAGCCGGCACAUUCCUCUUCAUUACGUUCUUUGAGAUCCUCUCACAAGAGCUGGCAGAUAAACACGACAGGCUACUGAAGGUGCUGUUUCUUACCCUGGGCUAUGUUGUACUAGCAGGGCUUGUCUUUAUCAAAUGGUAAAGGUGAUUGUGAACUGCUCUUCUUUAGCACUGAUAAACAUCAUAACAAACAGUUUUCCGUAAUCUACUGUAAAAAAUUAUAUUCUAUAGAGCAAGGGUUUGCAACAUUUUUGAUGCCAACGACACCAAAAUUGGAUGAUUCCUUU